GUACCUUCAGCCUCCAAUGUGAUAACGGUGAAUGAUGUCUUAACGCAGAGCUCGGUUGGUCAUCGGAAUGCUCUCGCAGGGGCCAUAUAUGGCGUCGCCCUCGCCCUUUCAACUCCACUUCUCCUCAUCGUCUCACUGUAAAUGCCCUUCUCCUCUCGAAACCUUCCACUUCCGCUCUUCAAUUCCUUCUCUGUGUCUCUCAAGAACCGACUUCCGUACUGUUCCCAAUGCCAAUUUUCUUUCACGGUGUCCUUUUUUCUUUCAUCUAAGCAGAGGGGAUGUCACAAGAGCCCCCGAAAGAAAUCGCGCCGGUGCCGGGGAAGCUAUUGAGAGAAGGGAUGCACGGAAGUAUAUAAAUGAGAAGAUGGGACAUAAUUCUAGAAGAAGAAAUGCGGUGGGUUCAGUAGAUUCUUCUUCGAGGCUCAAAGGUGAAAAUUUAGUAGAAAGUGUCGAUGAGAAUAAGAUAAGGAUUGAAGGUGAAACCAAUGGGGUAAAUGUGGUGGUGAGGGAGAAAAAGACCAAGAAACCUAAAAUUGAUCCUCCUGAAACUAUUCUGAGGAUUGGGUUGGAUUCGUGCUCAAAAAGGGGCGAUGUGGUGGGUGCACUUAAGCUCUAUGCUUUGGCAAAAAUGGAAGGCGUCCAGUUGGGGCAGUAUCACUAUGCUGUUCUUUUAUAUCUAUGUUCAUCUGCAGCUACUGGUAUGGUUCAGCCAGCAAAAAGUGGGAGUGGCAGCCGGAGCUUGAGCUCAGGUGAUCCUGUCGACGGGGAUUCGUCUGUUGGAACUGAAUCAAUGGAGAGAUUUGGUGAAAUGGCAAAAUUGUUUUGUGGUGGAAGUCAAAAUUCGGAAGAGGCUCCGGCAAUUGAACACCUGAAGAGGGCUGAGUUCGAUGUGGUUGGGAAUGGUUUAAGUUGUAGACAAGAGGGAUUGAGAAAGUUCUUCGAUGUUUCGAUGGGAAGUGGCUCUCAAACUUUGGAAGGUUUGGUUCGGGAAAUGAAGGAUGCCGAUUUUUCAGGUAGUAAGCAUGAUGGGAUUCAAAUUAGUAAUGAUGUAAAGAGGUUUGCGCUUCAGAGUGGAUUUGAAAUGUACAAUGAGAUGUGUAGAGAAAAAGUUCCGGUAAAUGAAGCAAUAUUGACAUCUGUUGCCAGAAUGGCUAUGGCUUUCAGCAAUGGUGAGAUGGCAUUUGAUGCCGUGAAGAAAAUGAAAGAAUACGGCAUAAAUCCUAGGUUGAGAUCCUAUGGUCCUGCUCUUGCAAUUUUCUGCAACAAUGGCGAUGUUGAUAAUGCGUUUAUGGUUGAAAAGCACAUGUUGGAGAAUGGUGUCGAUCCAGAGGAGCCUGAGCUGGAGGCCCUUUUGAGAGUAAGCAUAGAAGUCGGGAAGAGUGACAAGGUCUAUUACAUAUUGCACAAACUUAGGACGAAUGUGAGACAGGUCUCAGAGCAAACAGCAGAUUUGAUCGAGAGAUGGUUUAAGAGCAAAAUUGCUUCAAGAGUGGGUAAAAGAAGAUGGAAUAAGCAGGUGAUAAUGCAAGCAAUGGAAAAUGGGGGAGGUGGUUGGCAUGGAAAGGGUUGGUUGGGCCAAGGAAAAUGGACUGUCUGCCGUUCACCUGUUGGAUCUGAUGGUUCUUGCAAAAGUUGUGGAGAAAGAUUGGCUACGAUUGACCUUGAUCCAGUGGAAACAGAAAACUUUGCUGAAUCAGUGGCAGCUUUAGCUUCAAGGAGGGAGAAAAAUUCGAACUUUCAAAAAUUCCAAAAGUGGCUCGAUUAUUAUGGACCGUUUGAAGCAGUAGUGGAUGCAGCAAAUAUUGGCCUUUAUAGCCAAAGAAAAUUUAAACCAUCUAAGGUUAAUGCCGUUGUGAAUGGAAUUCGCCAAAUGCUUCCAUCAAGAAAAUGGCCGCUUGUUGUUUUACAUAACCGGCGCAUUACUGGAGAGAAAAUGGACGAGCCUUUCAAUAGGUCUUUGAUUGAAAAGUGGAGAAAUGCUGAUGCUCUCUAUGCAACACCUACUGGAUCAAACGAUGAUUGGUAUUGGUUAUAUGCAGCUAUAAAGUUUAGAUGCUUAAUUGUAACCAACGACGAAAUGAGGGAUCAUCUAUUUCAACUCUUGGGCAAUGAUUUUUUCCCCAAGUGGAAAGAAAGGCAUCAGGUUCAUUUUACCUUCACUGAAACUGGUCCAGUUUUCCAUAUGCCACCGCCAUGUUCGAUUGUUAUACAGGAAUCGGAGAAAGGCCACUGGCAUAUCCCCAUAAUGUCCGAUCUUGAAACUGAGCAUGAUAGAAUGUGGUUAUGCUGUACUCGAGAAAAUUCGGGCUUACAAGGGGAAGAUUCUUCAGAUGCACAAAGAGAAUUGCACCUUCCUCCCCAGAAGAGCGAAAGUCUGACCCAAUCUCGGGGCGAACCUAAAGUUACUAGACAGCACAAACAGGUUCCCGGUGAACGUGAAAUCAAAGGAUUAAGAUUAAAUUCAAACUCUGUUUCAAUCAUCCAAGAACUGGAAUCUGCAGAGGCACUUGGAGGAUGUGUGAUUGAUUUCCAGAUUUGACAAUGGGAUGAGUUUUUGCGGUUCAGACAGAUUCGCAGUUUAGCAGGCCAUUUGACAGCACGUGAUACAGUAAUGACAUCUAGAUAGAGCUUCGACAAUCCCAGUUUUUAGCUAGCUUUUUCUUUGAGGUUUUGUAUCACCUCCCUUAGGAAGAGUUGGCAACGGCCAAGGUUUUUUCUUGGACUGUCAGCCAAUUAAGCGGCAGUAUCUCCCGAACAUUUUUGUGUAGCUUCAUUUUGUUAAGCUACCACUUAUGAGAAGAGGAUAAGUGUAUUGUAGUAUUGCCAAAAUUAAAUAUUAUGAAUAGGUGAUUUUGGUAUA